AUGAUCAAUUAAAUAAGAGAAGAACACCCUCCAAUAAAUUUAAUAAGACCUCCUUAAUUAGGAGGAUUCUAAGGUCCUCGUAUAGCUGAAUCAAUUAUAAAUCAAUAAUAAGGAGGAAUGGAAGGAGGAAUAUAAAAUACAAGAUAAUAUUGGAAUGAAAAAGAAUAAAAUUGGUUGAGAUUGAGUGUGAAUUUAAAUCCUUUAGCAUUUGCUAAUUAUGAACUUUUUAAGAGUGCAAAUAUGGACAUAUCUGAAUCUCCAAAUCCAGUAUAAUGUAUACUAUGUUUCAUUUUAAAAUUCAUUAUUCUCAUACUUUAUUUCUUAACUCCUUAUUAUCAAACAAUGAAAUUAUAUGAAACUAUAGUAGUCUUGGGAGCAGUAGAUUUUUGGAUAAUCAAAAAUAUUAGUGGAAGGUAUGAAAAUAGAUAAAUUAGGAAAAUUAGUUGGACUACGUUGGUGGGUUGAAAUAGAUGAUUUUGGAAAUGAAAGUUGGGUUUUUGAGACUACAACUUAAGAGAAAGGAGAAAUUUAAAGGAUUCAUAGUAGAAUAUUUUGGUUUGUUUAGUUAUUUAUGUUUUUGAUGUUUGUUGGAAUGUUUAUAAUAAAUGCAUCGUAAUUACAAAUAAGUGUCUCAAUAUGUAUGUUUUUUCCUGCAGCAUUCACUGGAUAUAACUUAUAUGCUUUUAAUUUGUGUAAUAAAAUAAAGAGAUCCAAAUUAGGGGAAUCCUUUUUAUAAAUGAGUGCUGGGAGAAAAUCAGUCAAAAUGCCCUUAAAAUUAGAUUGA